UAGACAGAGAGAAACAGAGAGAAACACAGAGAGAGACAGCAGACACAAACCUCAGCUGAGCGGAUGGAGAGAUCUCAACAACUUCACUUCAGCUGACGAGCCGGGGCUGCGGCAGACGUGACCAGCAUGGCCCACUGGGAUGAGCAGCGUCCGCCGGUCGCCAUGGAGUCAGCAGGUGGCGUCUCCCCCACCGUCCCGGAGGCCGAGCUGUACCGCAGAAUCCAGGCGGUGCUGCCUCGAGAACCGGGCCAGCAGCAGCCUCAAGGGAUGCUGAGGUGGACGCUGCACAAGAAGGUCCAGAACAACCCGGCCAACAGCCUGGCUCUGGUGUGGGUGCUGAUAAAGGAGCUGGAGAAGGCGGAGAGGUGGGACUCUCGCAGGUUCAUCGUCCCGCUGCUUCACACGCUCAUGUACGCCGUCAUUCAGACGGCCCACAUCCCAGACGAGCUGUACAAGCGCGUGUACGACUUCUGCAAGCGGCUGCUGACCUUCCCCCACCCCUACUGCGCCGUCGGCCUCAGCUACAGCAAACACAUCAAGGCCGAACGCCUCAUCCCAGGUCUGAUGUACCAGAGGACGGUCACCGCCGAGCAGAGGCUGAAGAACGACCACUACCCUUUCCAGGAGAGGGUCUUCGUCCUGGCCGACCCGGCGGUCCUCUCCGGGUCCCUGGUUCCCGCCCUGCUGGGAGACUUCGAGGCGUCGGCCUCGGCCCCGUCCGGGUUCCCCAGCCCUCUGGAUCACAUGCGCAGCGUCGUGCAGCACUCGCUGCAGGCGGCGCUGGGGUCGGAGCGCUGUGACGGGCCCCAGCUGGCUCAGGCUCUGCGGGACAUGGGUCAGGACGUGGAGCCGUACUUCCAGGAGGUGUUGGCGGUUCUGGAGCGGGCCGUGGAGGAGGGCGCCAGAGGGGACGGGGCGACGCUGAGGAGCCGCCUCCAGCAGCUGCACGGCAAGAUCCUCUCCAAGGCUGACUCGGAGCCAUCGUGCGGCGGGUCAUUGCGAGACUGCCCGCUCCCCAACCCCGAGAUGAGCUUCCACCUGUGGACGGAGGAUCUGGACAUCUGGCGUGAGCUUGGCAAGUGGAUCCGGUCCAGCUCCGUGUCGGAGUCGUUCAGCUCGCUCAGCCAGGAGCAGGAAGACUUGGAGCUGGGCGAGUCGCCCGGCGACGUCCUGCCGUGUGACAUCACCCGGCUGUCCAUGAUGUCCACGGACAGCGGCAUCGAGAGGGAUCUGCCACUCAGCGCCGAGCCGUCGCCCUCGUCCUCCCUGGACGCCGCCAGCUGGGAGCAAUGCAAGAUCGAGCAAGACUCGGGGCGUCUGUCGCGGCGCGGCGGCAUCAAGAUGAAGCAGUCUCCCAAGGACAGCAUGGUGCUGAUGCAGGACCUGCUGGAGGACCACCCGAGUCCCGGGGGGGGCAGCGGGGGAGGGGGCGGAGCCGGCAGAGGGACCACCCUGCAGCGGCGGGCCGGAGCCAGCAACAUGCAGGACCACUUCCCCAAGCAGCAGAGACACAUGACGGCCAGGAUCGUCGUCAUGGGAGACGACCGCGCCGUGGGCCGCCUGGCCAAGGCCUACUACUUCUUCAGGAAACGAGAAGCGCGGCGGCUUUUUCUUACGAUGAAAGUGAGCCUCCAGUUUUACUACAUUCCUGUCUGCGAAGCUCCGACUCCCAACUCGUCCGUCAAGGAAAACCACCACCAGCCCAGGGGAGAUUCCUGUUCGCUCGGUUCCUACUUGAGCAGCGUGGAUCCGUGGUACAGCUGCAACAUCAGGAGUCUGGGCUGCAUGAUCCACAAGCUGGGCAGCAUGCAACAAUUGAACCCUGGGAAGACGAAGGAGCCCUUCAUCUCCGACGUCAUCUCCUACUACGUCCGCUGCGGCCAACAGCCCGUCUACUUCACCAUCUACUUCGUUAAGAUAACAUUCGCCAGCGCAGAAAAGGAUCCAGUGGAGGACGUGUUCCUGACCCACCUGGAGAUGGAGUUCCCAGAAUUCAAGCACAUCACAGCAUCAGUUAGAGAUAAACACAAGAAGAGUUCUGGGGAAGUUUGUGGAGCUUUCAUCUCUAUGAAAUACAAAAAAGUGACGCUGAGCGGACGGGACGUGGAGAAAGGACUCUCCGUCAGGACGUCAGGGGCUCAGAUCCACGUCAUUCCCUCCAAUGAAGCAGAAGAUCUCAACUGUUUGACGCUGACUCUGAAUGAACCUCCAGGAAAGGCAAAGAACAACGCUGCACCGCAGUCAAAGAUUCGCACCAGCGACAUAAAGAUUCGCUCGCUGGAGAGACGAUGCUUCACUCUCACGCUGGACAGAGACGGACGAAGGACCUACAGGGACGUGCAGAGCAUCGAGAUCUGCCCUUGUCUGGAUCCGGGCUACUGCGUCCAGAAGACCAUGAGAUCCAAAUUCAGCUUGGGAGAGGAUAAAGAGGCCGGACUGAGCAAGUACAUGAGCAAGGCACUCCCUCUACCGAUCAACACGUUUGCUGGCAUCAUCAACUGAUGCCAUGAACGUGGACUUGAGAAGUCACAGAGCAGGAAUGGUGGUGGACUGUAUAACAACCAUCUAAUCAGACAUAUACGGAAAGACAGAAGGGAAUCACCUCCAAGUCUCAAUGAACCGCUCUCUUUACCAGCACCGUGGACGGAAAGAGACUCUAAUUCAAAAGCGAUCUGAACAACGUACACAGCAUCAAAUCCUGCUGGAGCUGAAUACCCAGCGAGCUGCUUUUACAGUAUCAGGAACUGUGAUUGAACUCUGAAAUGCGCUUCACUCGUCCCGUAUAACCUGCUGUGUAUACUCUAAUAAUUACAACCGGUCAUUGUGGAGAUUCAAAUAACAACCAAAAAGCAACUUCCUCGUGAUGCUGGAGAGACGACGCACUGGGCACUUUGUUAUCCUUCGAAUCGUCCUGCUGGGAAUCGUCACCGCCGUCGCUAAAGGUCGUGUCCCACAGGAACAAUGACCACUGGUCACGGUUUGGUGGUCCUGGAGCAACCGUCCAGUCUGCCCCUCGAAAAAUAAGCAUGGAGUCCAUGUUGAGAAUCUGUAAUUGCACAUAGAAUAAGAUGUAGCGCGAUAUUCACCCAUCCAUCCGUCUUGUACCGCCUAUCCAUGGCCGGGUCGCGGGGGCGGCAGCUGAAGGAGCCCAGACCUCCCUCUCCCCUGCCUCCCGUCCAGUUCGUCUGGUGGUAUCCCAAGAAAUCCCCAGGCCAGCCGAGAAUCUCUAUCCCUCCAGCUUUUCCUGGGUCUUCCCCUGAUUUCUCCCAAUGGGACGUUCCCAGAGAACUUCACCAGGAGGCGGUCGGACCAGGUGCCAGAACCACCUCAUCUGGGUCUAAGCCUGUAGCACCCUAUAAUGUAAUAAUUUCCUGAAAAUUUAAUAAUGCCUAAAAA